AUGUUUGCAGCCGUCACCCACCGCCUCCUCCCACCGGACUAUGACAGCAACCCCACACAGCUCAAUUAUGGCGUGGCCGUCACCGACCUGGAUGCCGACGGUGACUUUGAGAUCGUGGUGGCAGGCGGGGACCACGGCAUGGCCACCUACACAGACAAGCUCUUCAAGCUCCGCAACGGGCGCUGGGAGGACCUCCUGAAUGUGGCUGCGAGUGCCCCUUCCCGCGGUGUCGUGGUGCUGGUGUACGUGGCCACCCAGGCUGGCGUCAGCAAGUACACAGGGGGCCGUGGGGUGGCCGUGGGCCCCAUCCUGAGCGACAGCGCCUCUGACAUAUUCUGUGGUAACGAGAACAGCCCCAAUUUCCUCUUCCACAACCGGGGAGACGGGACAUACCGGGACGUGGCAGCUGCUGUGGGGCUGGAUGACCCCUACCAGCAUGGACGUGGCGUGGCGCUGGCUGACUUCAACCGCGAUGGCCGGGUGGACAUUGUCUACGGCAACUGGAAUGGGCCGCACCUCCUCUACCUGCAGAGCGGGGCCCCUGGGCGCGUCCGAUUCCGGGACAUCGCUACCCCCAAGUUCUCCAUGCCGUCCCCCGUCCGCACCGUCAUUGCAGCCGACUUCGACAACGACCAGGAGCUGGAGGUUUUCUUCAACAACAUCGCCUACCGCGGCUCCUCUGCCAACNUGCUCGGCAGGCUCAUCCGCAGGGAGCACUCAGACCCCAUCAUGGAAGAGCUGAAUCCAGGGGAUGCACUGGAGCCCGAGGGACGGGGCACAGGGGGUGCAGUGACAGAUUUUGAUGGUGAUGGGAUGCUGGACCUGAUCCUCUCCCAUGGCGAGUCCAUGGCACAGCCGAUCUCCAUCUUCAAGGGCACCCAGGGCACCAGCAACAAUUGGCUGCGUGUCAUCCCCCGCACCCGCUUUGGGGCCUUUGCACGGGGGGCCAAAGUGGUGCUGUUCACGCGGCACAGUGGGGCCCACCUGCGCAUCAUCGACGGCGGAUCGGGGUACCUCUGCGAGAUGGAGCCCGUGGCGCACUUCGGACUGGUCUGCCUCAGCCCCUACGCGGGUUCCCCCUGCCGCAGCAACAAGCGCUGCAGCCGGGGUUUCGAGCCCAAUGAGGACGGCACAGCUUGUGUGGCUCAAGUGGCCUUUUUUGGGGGAUACCCCUCUGCUGGGAGCUGGCCUAGGCCCCCCCGCCAUCCUCUCCUCCCUCUAGUCCUCGGACUCUGCCUUUGCCUCUAUGCACUUUAA